CUCUGGUCCAUUUGUUUGUAAUUGCUACCGGCCUACACCGACAUUACUCCAUGGUGCGGGGUUUACCAUCACAAUAGGUUAAAUUACUGGAUGUUUGAUUUCCUUGCAUGCCCUUAGUGGUCGUAGAGCAUGUAAUACGCCAACCCCGGGUGCUUUCCCGCGUCAUUUCAGGGAUUAACUCCCGCUAUUUCCGCCUCGUGAACACCACGAGUACCCCGGCAUUAAUAUCGAGUGCAACCCCGGAAAGCAGGAAUGGCAGACGAAUCUCUGUUUGACUUCCUCCAUAUGGAGAUCGUGUCACAUAUUUACAAGGAGCAGCAGUCCAGUAAAGGAGAGAUGGACAACAAGGACAGAGCUGCCUGUGUUUCUGUCCUUGAAAGCAUGGGCUUCAGGGUGGGACAAGGACUCAUCGAGAGGUUGGCCAGGGAUUCUCCCAGCUUCAAGGAUGAACUGGAUGUGAUGAAGUUCAUCUGUAAAGACUUCUGGACAAAGGUGUUCAGGAGGCAGAUCGACAACCUCAGAACAAACCAUCAGGGCACCUAUGUUCUGCAGGACAACAAGUUUUCUCUGCUGACUCAGCUCUCCUGUGGAAAACAGUACCUGGAUCAGGCUCCUAAGUACCUCGCUUUUUCGUGUGGCGUGGUGAGAGGAGCGCUGUCUAACCUAGGUCUGGACAGCGUGGUGACAGCUGAGGUCUCUGUUAUGCCAUCCUGCAAGUUCCAGGUGGUUAUCCAGAAGUUGUGACCUGCUCAUCUCCACUGCCCUGGUACUGAUAACAGGGCCCUGUGGGUUUCUGUUGAUCCUAAAGAGAGGAUAGAAGUUCCUGUGAGCAGUCCAACCGCAAAGGGAAUCAAACGCCAUCCUGAUUUCCACAACUGGGAUAAACAUGACUAGUGACUAGCCACGUUCUGCUCACAGCCAGGUACCUCUCACAGAGCAACAUGGGUUAGCCAGGGCUGACCUUUUACCUGUGGUACUCUAUAUAGAACAAUACAUGUUUUGUUCCUUUUGCAUCUUGGUUUUGAUAGAGGUUAUUUCCCAUCUGAGUGAAAUUAUGUAUGAUGUUCUCAACUUUAGGUUUCACUAAAUAAGUGGAGCCUGGCCCUGCCUGAGCCCACUUGGCUGAGCUUUGAAAAUAAAUAGCGAGUGUCAGUGGCUGUGAAUACAAAAAUGUGAAUGUAUAGUGAAUCACAAGGUUGUUCUUUGUAAUGUGUUGCAAUGUCGAGUGCCCAAAUAAAAAGAACUGAGUGCAUACUAUUAAAUAAUUGAAAAUGAAACAACCAGCAGAAUCUAGGAUAAGAUAUCAUUUUGGAUGAUAUUUUAGGACUGCCAACUGCCAUACUAUCUCUUGUAGCAUCCCUCCAAAUAACAGAUAGUGAGCCUUUCAAAAUCAUUACACCUGGUACGUCAUUCAUUGUUUAACACUGGUUUCUCUGCACAGAGAAGCUGUGACCAGCUCCUGGUGCUUUGCUCUGCCUUGAAGCAGAUUGCCUUUAGGAGCUGGGAGUUUCAUGUACGGUGGUAGUCAUUUAAAUUUCAGUUCAUUUUAAGGAAAAUGCUAAUCUAGAAUACAGAAGUUUUCGUUUAAUUACGUUAUAUUAUUAGGCGUGAUAACAGUUUCAGGGCCUCGUUUUUCUACAGAAUUGAAGGCUGAAUAGCAUCUACGGUACUUAUUUAGUUAGCAUCACUCUGUUCCACUGAAGUGAUAUCAUUGACAUCACAUUUCAGAACUGACCUUUGGACAGCAUUGGUAUGUAAAUGUUUAGUAGUGAGAUUUUCCUAGCAUACAGUAAGCUGCAAAUGUGACUGAAUCACUUUGUAAAGUUUUCAAAUCAUUUCACAUGGAUUUCUGGGUUACAUUUGUUAAUGGCACCUUGCUUUGUAUAAAAGUGUCCUCAAACAUGAGUCUUAAAUCAGCUGCGAGGCCAUAAGAAUGUGCAGUUUGUUUUAUUAUAUCUUCUGUAAACAUUUUCUCUAAAUGGAACCAUAAUGUUGUGAGAGGAGCACCUCAAGGCCCGUUCAACAAGAAACGCAUAUCAUCACAUUGAUACAGUGAUAAAGAAAUGAAUCUGUCUGGUAGAUGCUGUUACCUCUUUUUGCCACUAGAGGGACACAUAAAGCUGUCUCUAUUUUCAUGUUACCAAUUUACUGAUUUACCAUGUAGGCAAGUUAUGUCCAGAGUCUCCUACUAUUUUCUACCUUGUUCUCUCAAAUCUCUAGUUUAUCUUUUUGAUAUACUCCCAGUGUUUGUCUGGAUCAUCAGUUUCUUCUAGUAAUUCUUCAAAUGCUUUGUUGUUAUUACAAUUCAUAUGUGAUAAAACAAGAUGUGUACAUACCCCUUUCACAAAAAUAAUCAAAACUCUAUUUUCAUUUUAUUGACGUCAAAAAAAGAAUUAAGGUCAUGUCGUAACAUGACAAAUUAUGCCAAGAAUUUAAGACUUGUCCACAUUUAUUCAAUGCACCUUCAAGAGAACUGUUUAGUUAUGAUAGUUAUGUAAAUUGUGGUGUAAUCUUAACUUUUUGCUCUUUUAUUACUCCUCUGCGUUUCACAUUUCACUGUGCAACAGCAGGCCCCUUCCCCAUAACCUCUGCUUAAGUUAUUAAUAUUUCUUUCAUGUUGUUUAUCCAUAUCAUGAGGCUAGUAUUAAGAGCUUCUACUGUAUGCGAGUGUGCUGUACUUGUCAGAUAUUCAGUAUCAAAGUUUUCUGUCCCAGCAGGCCAAACUGUAACUUCAGUUUUGAAGAAAACCAUGGUUAAUCUGAGAACAAGUUUACCAAGUUUCAGUAAAAUCCAGAUAAGUCAGAUUAGGUACAAUAAUUUACACUUUAGAUAUUAACCCUCUGGAUUUUCCUUAUAGUUGACAUUACUUCAAAAGUUGUUGGAUUAUGGUGCUCUCUCUGCUUUUUAUUUUUGUCUCUGCUCUAAUAAAGUACCCCCGACGGUGUUCCAGUAUUCCACUGCCAUCAAUGUAAUAGUUUCACACAAUAAAGGUCAUUCCAUGUA